CUUGGCCCUAGCGUGGAGCUGAAUUCAAACUCUUCCCCAGCCCGGGCAACCAAAGAAUGGCUGCCUUUGUGCGCAGGCUGGGUCACGUCCCACCCUCGCAGGGUGCCUUUUGCAAGGUGCUGCUAAUAGACAAAUUACAGCUCCCAGCCUGUCAAGGUAGAUAACAGCACCAUGUGAUGCAGGCGGCCCGGCAGUCGACGGGUGGCACCGCAGGGGAAAGGUGCGCAGCGCAGCGCGGAGGAGGCAGGAAGGGGACGGGCGAGCGCAGCGGGACUCUCCGCCUCGUGAGAACCGGGGUGCUCUUCUUCCCGGAGGAUCUCGCUCCUGCCUUGAUGCCCAGGGAAGUUUUGCAAGCGCCUGGGAAAGAAUAAGAAGCGAGCAGCCACCGCCACUGGCCAAGCCCAGCGGAGGUGAUCAGCAUGGCUUUUAGCAGAAAGAACUGGUCUGCGCUUUCCAGCCUGGCCCAACAAUGGAGUACUGAGGAUGAGGAAGAGCAGGAGAGGGAGCGUAGGCGGCGACACAGGCAGCUGAGCUCUACCACCGAAGUGAAGGAGGAGACUUCCAAGACAGUACAGAAUGCAAGCAGCCGAACACCAAAUAGGUUCCGGGGCUCCUUGGAAGUAAAGCCCUCCAGGCAGGAGAACUCAAAGCCGGCAAAGGAGAGGACACUGGAAGAGGUAAUAAAUAAGCCAGAUGACAGAGUAAGGAGGAGAGUGGAGAUGUUCAAUAAUGUGAAGCAGGAGAAAAAGGAAACAGUGCCUGCCAGGAAAUGGAAAGAGGAAGCUGCUGAAAAGAAAGCUAAGCCUUCCUCAGGGCCACCCCAGGAGAAGAAAGAACCCAUGAUGGAAAAAUGUGAAAGCCUGGCUCAGCAAAAGGAGCCCGACAAAGAAAAUCAUCAAAAUCUGAGUGAGGAAAAGAAGGUGAGAAGCUCAGAUAAACAGGAUGACUUAGAUGAGGAUCCCAAGAAGGACCCCAAAAUGGACGAGGAUUCAGUCUUCAGUGAGGAGCAGAAGGCACUGAAGGAGCACAAGUCUCAGCUACCAGCCACAGUCCAGAAUGAGGUGGCCACACAGCAGCCUCUGCGAGCUUCUUGGGAGCGUAGGAGCAUCAGCCGGCUAGAAGUGAAGAUUAACCCCAGGGUCAGGAGCUUCACAGAAGCGGCUCCAGCUGCCUCUGGGCCACAGGCAGCAGAAAGAAGUAGGCUCAAAAUAGAAGAAGCUGCAAGCUCUCCCUCUGGUCAGGAUGGAUCUGAAGCUCCCGUACUAACCUCUCAACCUCUGAUUACCUACAGUAGUUCAUUCAAACGAGUCAGCCCAAGGACAAUCUCAUUCCGGGUUGUCCCCAGGAAAGACAAACAAGAUGAUACAUUAAGCCGAAGUGCCAGCAUGAGGCUCCCAGCAAGCACUGCUAAGCUGGAGGAGAAGCUAGAGAAAUAUACUUCUGCUGUGCAGAGAGCAGGGUCAAUUAAAUUACCUCCAUCUACUCGGAGAAAUUUCCAUCCACCUUCAGAGGGUGUGGCCAGCAAACGCAGCAUCUUUGAAGCAACUGUCCCCAUCCGGGCUGAGACGAUCACCCCUGUGCGGAAGGAGAGUUUGAAGAUCCCUGGAGGAGUCACAUCUCGUAUCAACCUCUGGAUCAGUCGAACUCAGGAGCCCAGCAAGGAUGAAGGAACCAAGGACAUUCAGAAAAUUGAGAACAGUGCAGAGUGGAGUCAGUUGGAGAGACGGCCUGAUAAUUCCUGAAGGAAAACCAGUGCAAGGACAAACAGAGGUGUCAUUGUACAAGCUGCUCUGGGGACAAGUUCUCUCCAUUUAAAUCAAGGGCCUGGACCACUUGAAAUUACCCUGCAUUCCUUGGUUUCAGACUGUUCCACAAGGCCAUUUACCUGCCGAAGAGUAUCUAUCAGUCAAGCUGCCUGUGGUGCCUUUUCAUGGAUGGGGUUUCUUGGUGACUUAAAAAAUGCUUCUAAUUGGUGGAUGGGAAAGAUGGCGAUUAUGACAUGGAAACUAUAUUACCCACAAUCCACUUCUGUUCCUUUCCACUUUUGUAUCUUCAAGCCCCCAAAUAGCAAAGCCUUAAGUUCGACUAGCAACCUUGAAGGUAUGAAAUACAUGUGGCCCAUUCUCUGGAUUUUCCUUCAGUUUUGUAUCUGCCACAACAGUAGGGUUCACCAUGUAACUCAUGUACCCUGCAGUGACUGCAUACAGUGAGUAUAUCUACUUGCCACCAGUUACACCACCACAUGGCUGGAUCUUAAGAACAUAAGAGGAGCUCUGCUGGAUUAGACUGAAAACCUGUUUGGUCCAUCAUUCUGUUCUCACACUGGCCAACCAGAAGCCUCUCAGAAGCCCAUGAGCAGGAGAUGAACUCCUACUUGUAUUCCCUAGCAACUGGCAUUCAGAGACAUUCUGCCUCUGACACUGGAGGUAACAUAUAGCCAUCAUGACUGGUGGUGAUGACAUCACUGGGAUGAAAGAGGCCGAUUCGAAGGGGGAGAAUUUGUGAGAAAACUGCAACUGGUUAGGGCUGUUCUCAAUGGAGAUUUCUGGUAUCUGAGACAGGGUGAUGGGCUACCUGUGUGUGGUGGCAGAAGGGUGCAGGAUGCCUCAAAAUGAGUUUGGGGGGGGGGCUUCUUGCUACAGCAGCCCUGCCAACCCUGUGUAAAGAAUUGCUAAAAAGUCAUCCUGACAAAAUAUCAAAAGGUGUACGUGUUAUCAUGCAGUAUGGAUAUUUUCUUAAAACCAAUGGAACAAAUCUGUUGUGUCUCAAGGCUCAAUGCUUCCAGUUGGACUUAGGGUGAAAUCUUGUGCAUUGGUACUUAGAAGCAAGCUCCACUGAUUUGGGUGGGAUUUGCUUCUAGGUAGGUGUGCUUAGGACUGGAGCCUAAGUCAUAGCAAACCUUAGCUGGAUUGGGGCCAUAGGUUCUCGUGUGAACUCUGCCUGUAACAGCUUAAGCCAUUGACUUAAAAUUCAAACCAGUUUGAGCAGAAGGUUUUUUAUUUUUAGUAUAUUUGACUUAUGAACACCUAACUCUAGAUUCACUGGUGAUUUUGGCUCUUGCUAUAUUUCAUAAUAAAUUUCACUUUGGUUCCAGUA